AUGCAAAAAUCUUUAUGCACAGUUACGCAUAGGCUGAAAUCAACUUUAAAAAAAUGCUUCACCAGUUUAGAUCUCACAAAAGAUGAAAUUAAAGGUAAAAGCAGCCAAGGAGAAAAGUAUAAAUCAAUAAAUGAGUUGUGGCAAAAUCAAGUUGGAAUUUCAAGAACUAAUUGAUAUGAAAAAGGGAAGAAUUAUUGAGAAGCUCAAGAGUCUACCUUAGAUGGAGUCCUGGGAGGAUUUUCUGAAAUCCAUCAAGCUGAUAUAAGCGCCUCAAACAAAUUUAUCAAAUCUCUAAAAUCUAAAAACUAUAUCAUUGGAAGUCGCGCUUUAGACUGUGGGUCAGGAAUCGGAAGAAUUACAAAAAAUUUGCUCUUAAACCAUUUUGCUCAUGUAGACUUAGUUGAUCAAAGUGAAAAAUUUAUAGAAGACGCAAAACACUAUAUAAAUGAUAAUAAAGUGGAAAAUUAUUUUGUGAAAGGACUUCAGGACUUUUCCCCUCAAAAAGAGCUAUACGAUUGCAUAUGAAUUCAAUGGAUUCUUGCUUAUAUAAUUGAUGAGGAUUUAGUAGCAGCUUUAAAAAGAAUAAAAGCAGGGUUAGUACCAAAUGGAGUUUUAUGUAUCAAAGAAAAUGUUUUGGAUGAAGGCUUUAUAUAUCAUAAUGAAGAUUUCAGUGUCACAAGAUCUGAUAAACUAUUUAAAAUUAUCAUUAAAAAGGCAGGUCUAAAAAUCAUACAUGAAGAGACACAAAAAGAUUUCCCAUCAGAAUAUUUCAAAGUAAAAAUGUAUGGAUGCAUCCCCAAAGUAUAA